AUGGCUUCGACAAAAAGACCAUUGGAAGAUCCAUCCUCCCCCUCCGCCCCGACUGACUUACCAGAGGCCAAACGUCCCGCGCUGGACAAAAUGGUCAAGGAGGAGCCUCCUUCUGAAGGAAUUGAACCUGGAUCCACUUUCAGCGCCGAAGACUUUAAACCUGUCCAAGGACAUGCCUUACCACCUAUGCCCGUCACAAACGGAUCGGCAGAGGCGCAAAACGACCUGCCUACUCCUAUUGGUACUAAUGGUACCCUGCCAGCGCUUCCCUCUGAUGUGCAGCCAAUUCUCUCUACAGCCUCCCAAAAUGAGCGCGUUGUGCCUGAUGUUCAGGGAAUGCCUACACAAGACGAGACAAAUUGGAUUCACAUUCGAGCGGUUAUUUCCAGUGCGGAAGCGGCAACCUGCAUCGGCAAAGGCGGAGAAAAUGUGACUCAGAUUCGUAAACUCUCUGGCGCCAAGUGUACCGUUAGCGACUAUUCACGCGGUGCCGUCGAGCGUAUUCUGACUGUUAGUGGUGCACAAGAUGCUGUGGCAAAGGCAUUUGGCUUGAUUAUUCGAACUCUCAACAAUGAACCUCUCGAAGCACCGUCCACAGCUCAAUCCAAAACUUACCCUCUCCGACUACUCAUUCCCCACAUCCUGAUCGGAUCCAUCAUUGGCAAGUCUGGAGUUCGCAUACGUGAGAUCCAGGAAGCAUCAGGUGCACGUCUCAAUGCUUCUGAUGCGUGUCUACCACUUUCAACCGAACGGUCACUGGUGGUUCUUGGAGUGGCUGAUGCUGUGCAUAUUGCCACAUAUUAUGUAGCCGUUACACUCGUUGAACAACUCACCGAGCGCUUUGGUGGGCCCGCAGCGUCUUCAUACGCCACAAGAAGUGGAGGACCUGCUGGUGUCGUCCCUGGCGGCAUGCAAGUGGUGCCUUACGUCCCACAACCCGCUGGUGGUCAAUUUGGACAUCCCGAGUCGUACAAGAAGCAUAAUACACACCCUCCCCAGCGUCUGCCGCCUCAACCGUAUGGGGCACCGCAGUUACCUGGUCCGGCCCACCAAGCAUACCCACAACAUCCUCAGCCGUAUCCUGCCAGUGCAGUUCCAACUCCACGGACUCCAAGCUAUGGUGGUGCACCCCAACAUGCGGCUCCUUAUGGACAGAUGCCUCCCCAACCUGGACCACACGGCCAAGCAGCUCAACCUCCCCAUGCCAUGCCAGGACAGCCCAUUACCCAGCAGAUUUACAUUCCGAACGACAUGGUGGGCGCUAUCAUCGGUAAAGGAGGUGCCAAGAUCAAUGAAAUUCGACAUCUGAGUGGCAGCGUUAUCAAGAUCAACGAGCCACAAGACAAUAGCAACGAACGAUUAGUGACCAUCACCGGUACUCAAGAGUGCAAUCAGAUGGCAUUGUAUAUGCUCUAUUCGAGACUCGGUCAGUAA